AUGUUGGUUAAUCCAUUGUGUGAUCAAAACAUUGCCAUCGAUUCGGCAUUUGUGGACAAAUACUGUGAUUUGGGAUCAGAUGUCAUCACUUUGUUUGCGGACAACACUGUCUAUCAAUUGACUGUCAAUACAACGGAUCCCAUAAAUCCUGUCUUCGUAUACAACAGAUCCCAAUCAGUGGACGAGUGGUCGGAAGGCAUCGUCGGUCCCAUUUAUAUGGUCAUAACUGCACUGAUUAUAACAUUUAUAACAUAUAAACUUUGGACGAGAUCUGCGCCAAAAGGUUACCGGAGAUACAAAACCAAACCAAAACCUGGAGAUUAUGUGAUCAUCUCUUCGGACACACAAUCGGGUAAUAAGUCUUUGAAUGGAUCGCAAAGUCGAGACCCGAAGGCAUCGAUGUCUUUGUCGUCACUGAAAGACAAGAGACCAACGGAUCUGAAGGUUAAGAGCAAUGAAGGAUCGGUUAAAACGCUUUAA